GAGAGCUGAUUUCUCUUUGAUCUUAACGACCAUUGUCACAUUGAUGCUUCGAAAAAUAUUCCCUGCGCUUCCAGUUCGCUGAACAGUAUUGGCCCUUGAGUGUAUACUCGACACAGAAGCAUAAUGUCACAGCCUGGACCACUUGGAUUCGACACGGCUGCAGUGAUAUAUAUGAAAGCUCUCCGGAAGAAGAACAUAACUAUACGGCGCAACAAAUGGAGAGAUGACCAUGGCUUCAAUUAUAAUAAUCACCAUUUUGAUGGGCACAUUGCAAGCGGUGGAUUUGGUGUUGUUCUAAAGGUCAUUAAUACAGAGACGAAAAAGCCCUACGCCUUGAAGCUCCAGUGGAACCUCGGAAAAUUCGAAUUGGACCUUCCGGAAGGUGCUCUUGUACCCCCUCUCACACCUAGCAGCGAAGCCACCAAGAGUUCUUCUCAAUCGGCAGAAAGACUAAGUCUUCGUGCUAAACGGGAUUCAGAAACGAGAAUCUAUCUCCGAUUCAUCAGGGGUGGACAUCCUCACAUAUGCAAUCUCGAAGCAUUUGUUCAAUACGUACCCGAAUACGGUUAUGACAAACCUGUUAGAGGCCUUUACUUUGAAUACUGCGAUGCCGGUAGCCUAUCGAGUCUAGCAAAAGCAUUUCGGACUCACAAUGUCAAACCGCCUGAGCUACUGAUCUGGCAGAUCUUCUACGAAAUCGUCAGCGCCAUUGCGUUUCUCCAUAACGAACAUCCGGAUUACAAUACCACGAGUGAACACCAGGGGCGCGACGUGAUUUUCCAAAACGAUAUGCAAUCCGGGAAUGUAUUUCUGCAAUGGGGACCCGAUAGAGAGAACGGAUAUCCGCACGUAAAGAUUGGCGAUUUUGGAGUCGCGUUUACGCAGCCUCCGGGUGGUCAUGUUCCUGAUCUCGAGGAAUAUGAUGAGCCGGCUUCGGAUGAUGAAGAUUGGGAACCGCAGGAGCGGAAAAAGAGGGGGGAGGUGUGGUGGUUGACGGCGGUUGUGUAUGAGUUGGCUCGUACCGGUGUGGUUCUUGGGACGUUUGAUAAGGAGAAAGGAAAACUUUUGGAUGUUAAACCGAUUGAGUCUCAUUUGAGUGAGGAGCUGGAUCGCAUGUUAAGAGGAACUCUCACAGCUGAGAUUGAUCAAAGACCUUUUUCUGGAGAACUUUAUCUUAAGCUUAAAAGUGCUUAUCAGGAUAGAGUAGGUUUGAUGUAUAGAAAAUUACCCGAUUGGGUGGGAGAAGAAGUUUUAAAACAUACGUUUGAUGAAGAACGAUUGAGGAAAUUGGAUGGAGGAGCGUUGGAGAUUGAACUCGCGGAGAAGGAAUAUGCAGAUGCUAUCAAGAAAGUUGAAGAAGGUUUAUUGGAGACGUGGAUAGAGGAACAUGAUACAGAUGAGCUGGAGAAGCUUGAUGACGAGGGGGUGGCGGAAGCUAUGCAUGUUAAGUUCCAUGAGCAGGCAGUGCGGGAAGUGGAAGCGAGGCGGAAAAAAGCUUUGGCUGAAGCGGGAGCUGAAGUGGGAGUUGAAGAAACAUAAGUUUCGAUAUCGAGAUUGUACUUUGAGAUUAUCUAUCCUAGAAUAGUUUGGAAAACGGGGAAUCUGUCCACCGGGUGCUUUUUGGCUAAAUUUCACUCUCCUCUGAGUGUUUCCAAUCAUAAUCCAUCACAAUAUUAAGAGAAAUUCAUACAGAUUUCUUGAUAGCUCGAGUUGCGA